UGCGCAGGUGUGAUGCUCGUGAACGCAGAGCCUGAUGACACUGCGGAAGUGUCAUGGCACCGUGCGUCAUGCAGAGUCAGAAGCAGCAGUAGCACAAAACACAACUAGUAAUGACUCUUCUCUCACAAGUUUGGACGUAAUAUCUAAUAAAGACAUCCGAGGAAUCACAACUUUAGGAUGGCAGAUUCAGGCUCAGGUGACCCCAGUGGUCAACGUGUGCCCACCCCUGGAGGGAGCGGUUCAGGACUGCUGAUGGGCCGCCGACCACCCGCCACCCUUUCUACUGGCCGUCUCCCCUCAAUGCGCUCAAGAGACCUCACCCUCGGAGGAGUGAAGAAGAAAACCUUCACACCCAACAUUAUUGGCAGGAAAGUCAAAGAAGAUUCAAAAGCAGAAAGCGGGAGGGGGAGAGACAGGAAGGAUGCGGGUCGAGGUCGGGGUCCAAGAGACAGAGGCAGGGGCCGAGGACGCCCAGAGGUCAUCCAGUCCCACUCUAUCUUUGAGCAGGGGCCUGCAGAGAUGAUGAUGAAGAAGAGAGGUGGCUACGAAAAUGAGAGAGAGGCUCCGAGCGUGGGACCUUCGCCCAUCAUCAAUAUUAAAAAGGAGAAGAGAGAGACGGAGGAAGAGACCAAAGAGAUUCUUGCCAAGCUGGAGCGAGAUAAUUUUAUAGACGAUCCCUUCCUGAAGAGUGAGUGGAGGAGCUGCCCUGUCCAGCUUCCCCUUGCUGUAUCGGGAUGGGGAUUCACGGAGGAAUUUAAUAAAGAUGCUGUUAAAAUUGAGAAGGUGGAGGAGGACGAUGGUAGUGAACCCAUGGAAAAUGCAGUUGAAGUGAAACAGGAACUUGAGGAAACGGAAACAAAGAAGUCAGAGGGAUUUUUCAGGCCCCCUCCUCUCCCCGAGCCUGAAGUCCUUCCUGAACUGCUGCAUCGAUGGAGUCUGAGCAAAGGGGAGGAGCUGUUCUUCAUGCAGAUGCCCGACACGCUGCCCGGCCAGCCCCCCACCACAGAGCUCAGGCCGGUGAAAACGGAGGUGCAGUCAGAAGACGGACAGUCUGUGCUGCUGAAAACAGAGUCUCAGGAGGAGGAAGCUGAAGACAGCAACUGCAGUCUGAAAGACCUGCGGGAGGGUCUUGUGGGAAAGUUGCUGGUGCGGAAGUCUGGCCGGGUCCAACUCAUACUGGGACAAGUGACACUUGAUGUGUCUCUAGGAACAUCAUGCUCUUUCCUUCAGGAGCUGGUCUCUAUUGGUGCGGAGGGAAGAUCAGGCGACUUGACCGUUUUAGGGAAUAUCAAACACAAAAUGGUUUGCUCCCCAGACUUUGAGGCUUUACUGGAGAGCAGUGCUUGAUGCUCGUUGUGAGCAUCCUGGAUGCACUCGUCGUGGGUUGUGAUGUUGACGAGAUGCUCACUUUUACUAUGGACUGUCCUCAUACUUGCCAACCCUCCCGAUUUUACCAGGAGACUCCAUUGCCCUCUCCCGGUUCCCUCCUGGGGCCUUAUUUCUCCUGUAUUUCUCCCGAUUUAUGACGCAUGUUCACACCUUUUUUUUCAUUAUUUCCACAUGUUUCUGGCACUAUACAGCGUGUCUAAGCCCUACUGUUUCCACCCGGACGGCAGUAGAGCUACACCAAAUGUGUUUUCCAGGCGGAGAAGAGCUGCUCGCGACAUUUAUUAUUUAUUAUUUCCAAGCCAUUAGAAAUAACCAGUUUCAGAGCACAGUGGUACGUUGUCACGUUGUGUCUGAAAGGGCUUUCAGUGAGUGAGAGAAGGAGAGAGAAAUGGAGAGUACCAAGAGGAAGAAAUACUCAAGCAAGG